AUGAGCACUGACAGCCGGGAUCUGGAGAGCAGCACUGUGCAGACGCUGGCCGGUGACCCGGUGACGCUGCCCUGUCCCGGGCUAGGCCAGUCGCCGUUCGUCGUUUCGUUGACGUGGCUGUGUCGCCGCUGCGGACCCAGUGUCGGUGCUGACGGAUCACCACAUAAGCUGAUCGUGUACCGGGACGGUCGCGUCCAGGCCGCCGCCGCCGCCCCCGCCCCCGCCGCCGCCGGCGGGCGGUCGGGGGCCUCGGAGCGCGGCGCGGAGACGAGGCCCUACGCCGGGCUCGGAGACAGGACAGCAGAGGAGGUGACGCCGGACAAACCGCGGCUCCGGCUGGACGAGACGACGUACGCGCUGCUCAUUGACGCCACCCGCGCCUCUGACACUGGCGACUACUUUUGCUUGGUCAACAGUCGACAACAGCCUAAGGGAGCCGUGAGACUAGAGGUCAAAGACGCGCCGGAUGCCCCCGGCCGUCCCUUGAUUCAAUCGUUUUCGUCACGAACAGUCAACAUCUCAUGGACACACCCUCGUCGCACAAACUUCUCCCCAGUGCUGCACUACCUGAUCCACGUCAGGGAGACGGAGCGCGGCCCGUGGGACCGCUCUCUGCGCACGGCCAGUAACCGCACCAUGUACCAGGUAACGGGGCUGCGUCCGUUCACGGUCUACAGUUUCCGUCUGACAGCGGUGAACGCAGUGGGCGCCGGCCGGCCGGGACCCUCCUCCUACCCGGUCAACACGCUACGAGAAGCUCCGAGCGGCACGGUGGGUGACCUGCGCGCCGUCAGUCGCGGCCCCACCUCGGUGCAGCUCUCGUGGAUGCAGGCCGAUCCCAGCACGCUGCACGGAGAGUUUCUCGGCUACCAGCUGACCUACCGGGCGCCGGCCACCGGUGCUAACCAUACGCUGGUCAUCAUGGAACAGAACGUCACGACGCUGGUGGUGACGGGUUUGGAGCCGUUCACCGAGUACCUCUUCAGUCUGUCCAUAAGGAACCCGCGCGGACUGGGGCCGGUCGCCCGGGUCACAGGUCGAACCCAGCAGGCAGCGCCGGGCCCGCCUGCCACGGUGCGCUACUCCAGUGUGGGCAGUACGUGGGCGGCCCUGAUAUGGACCCCUCCUGCCGAGAGGAACGGGGUGCUGCUCUACUACACGGUGAACAUUACACGGGACGCCGGCGGCGAGUCUGACCUGCGCCGGGUGCCGGCCACCGAGGAGACCUGGGUCCAGUACCGGGUGGACAGACUCCGCCCGUACACCCAGUACACGGUGGGGGUGUCCGCCGCCACAGAGGUGGGCUCCGGCCGACAGCGUCUGGUCCGACUGCGGACCGAUACCUCGGCGCCCGGCCGGCCCGUCAUCCUCAGCAUCACCUGUGUGCACAGCGGGGCCACCCAGGUGCGCUGGCGGGGCCCGACCGAGUCCGACCCGCCGCCCGUCAGCUUCUUCACGAUUGGCUACAGGAACGCGCGCCACCCCAAGUACACACUGACAGGAACGCCGGCCGGCGUCGGCGAGCACACGAUUCUGAUGCGUCACCUGGACCCGGGGAUGACCUAUUUCAAGAUCCAGGCGGUACGCAAAAGCCGGUACAGUCAGUCGGACGUGUACCGCGGGGAGUUCACUGAGCCAUGGAGCGUCCUGCUGCCCCGCAGAAACUCAGACUGUUCCGAGUUCCGUCUGAUCCACCCGGUUCAGGACGACUCCAGCGUCGCCAUCGGUAUCGGCGUGCUGGCCGGGGUCGUCGUGGUCUCCGUCCUCGUCGCCGGCAUCGUCAUCUUCCUCUGCAGACGACGCUCGCGACGCGGCCGGCCGCCACUGGUGGCGAAGGCGGCGCAGCCCGACUGGCGCCAGGAGGCGAUUCCGGCGCACAUGUUCGCCGGGUACGUGAUGGACCUGCAGCGCGGCGCCGAUGCCGGCUUCUGGAAGGAGAUGGCGGCGGUGGACGGUGCCGCGGAGAAGAACGGUGCAGUUGCGGUAAAUGGGCACCACGCCGGCACUAAUGGGCACCACGCCGGCACCAACGGCUGCUCAAAAACCAACGGCAACGCAGCAAGUGUCGAGCCAACCACAGUGGCGGGCUUUAACUCCACCUACCUUCUCCAAGAGGACGACUCUUCGGCACACUUCUGGCAGAUCGUCAGGAAACACCGAGUGGACACCAUAGUGCGCUUCACUAACGGAAAGGUGGAGUACGGCACUAGUCCCCCGGGCGAGUGGCCAGCGCCUCUGGCCGGGUGUCAGGUCCAGCAGCGAUCCGACUCCGCCGGCGGUCUGCUGCUGCUGCCGCCGCCGUCACCCGCGCACAGAAUCACGAACACGUUAUGCGCCUGCUGCGCGGGCCGGAGCCGACAGGAGGUGCGGUACGUCCUGUUGGACACCAGCAGCCCGGCGGGCGGUGUUCGUCAGUAUCUGCUGCGGCAGGCGGCCGCCGUCCGGCCCGAAACCCACCCCACCGUUCUGGUGGUCACCAGGGGAGCGGAGCAGGAGGCCGCCCUGCUGGUGGCUGCCGACAUGCUGAACCGUCAGAGACUAGCCACCGGUGACCUGAGCCCGGUGGCCGUGCUGUCCCGACUGAGGGCAGUGCGACCUCGCUGGUUCACGGAGGUCGCCCAACUGAAGGUGCUUUACCAGCUGAUCAGCGAGAGCCUUCGGACCGAUGAGAAUUACGGAAACUGAGGUGUGGUGUGGAUCUCCUCCGUCUCUCAUGGGGAGCUGUUGGUAUGGAAAUGUGAGCGCUUCAUUGGGACUAUCUUCAUUGCGCGAUUGUCGUCAUGUGAAUGCGGGGGCCGAAGAGGGUAGUAAUGUGAUCUGUUGGGGAGAUUGAAUAACUUUUCGACAGGGAUGCGUGCCGAGGGGCCUCGAAACCGGGCAAAGGGGCCCAAGAGCCCAGGAACUGUACGCUAUUUGUGCAAUGACUUACAGUAGAUUAGCGAUGGCUGCCGAAAAAAAAUACUGACUCUGUGUGAUGAAACCCCAGCUACCCAGACGAUAUUAUGUGUGAGGUAACGAGGUCACACGAUUCUGUGCGUCACAAGAUCUCCGACGAUGCACACAGAAAAAUAUUGACACCGUUAGCGGUGUAAUUGCACAGUACAUAUCUGAGCACUUGAGGAAAGUUAAUUUAGUCCCUUCCCCGCUUAAAUUACUCGCGCUUCCAAAUGAACACCAGGAAGAAGGUAAUAGAACACUGUUAGGAGGGUUGGGUGUUUUACUACAUGUAGCAAAACACCCAACCCUCCUAACAGUGUUCUAUUACCUUCUUCCUGGUGUUCAUUUGGAAGCGCGAGUAAUUUAAGCGGGGAAGGGACUAAAUUAACUUUCCUCAAGUGCUCAGAUAUGUACUGUGCAAUUACACCGCUAACGGUGUUAAUAUUUUUCUGUGUGUGCUAUGUGCGAGAAGAUUUGACGACACACGUGUGUGAAAAGUGAAGAUAUCUUUGGCAAGAGAGGUCUAUGUGUGAUGGUAUCAAUUGAGCUGUGGCACCUCUUUAAAGCGAGACAGACAUUCCAUAACGGCGUCGCGACAAGUGAAAAUAAUCAUUCCAAACUAACGGGCGACUGUUCAUUGUUUUGAACAUCAUGGACCAGGUAAACUCUGUUCAACGGUGACCCCACCAGAGCAUAUUACGUCGCAUCUUUGAACGCAUCCUCUAUCUGCGUGGGGGUAACUUCUUCAGUGGCUUCCAGAGGCGUUAUGCGCUUCAGAAUGCUAUGUGGAGCGUUCAGCAUGUUUCGUGUCAUUGAAAGUGAUGGGCUCGGGAUGCGAGUUACAUGCCAGGGGCGACUCGUUUGGGAAAGUUUGCUAUACCUAUCGUCUGAAGUGAUGUUAUUGGCAGGUGUGUUACAUUGCCAGAAGUUCUCAGUGUGUACAUACGUUCGACAUGUGGCCGGGUCAUACUGUCAUGUGGGAUGCGUUCGGCAUGUGAGCUACAUCGCCAAGGUUGCGCGUUCGGGAUGUCUCUUAUAUCGCUGGAAGUGGUGUGUUCAUCACGGCCGGAGUAUGGCCGUGAGCGGUGCGCGGGCCUAGUCCUGCCGCCGUCUGAACUCGUACCAAUAAACUGAUGGCUGUUCUGUUA